AUGCCACCAAAGGCCAAGGUCACGCAGAGGGCCAAAGAAGCAAGUACAUCUGGUCCUUCGGUCUCACCACCACAACCGCCCCGAACUGUGAACGAGCAGACUCGGGAACGCUACUAUCUGGGACGUCCGUACGCAAAGUCAAUAGACAAGGCAGGGGUUAGCAGUCUCUCGCCGGCUGAGCGUACAUCGUGGGCAACCGCACAGUAUCUGGGAGCAUCUGCAACAUCUGCAUCGAGGAAGCGGCCCGUUCUCUCCAACAAGACGCAAAAGGAACUCUGGCGACACGCAAACGAGGCCAGUCUGCCGCUUCGUGCUCUUAAGAAAGCCCCCCCACCUGACACUACGUCAGGCCCGCCCCCAAGUGGUCCUCCUUCUGUCUGGGGCCGUGACCGAUCCGGUCGCGACGUGGGCACCUACAGCCUCGACGAUUUCCGCGAGCGCACUGCCCGCCGUGUGCGUCUGACUAUACUCGGGGUCUCUCACUGUGCAUUUCUUGCCAAGCGAAACACGUCAAGUUCCGACAUCACGCCAGAGGACAUACAAGCAGAGAAGCAGCGGCGUGCCGAGAUUGCAAAACUGCAAAUGGAGCUAUACGGACAGCGAACCGGCGGGUCCUACGCGCAAGACCCAGAAUGGGACGACGUCGAGCCCGUUGCGAUUGUCGAGCCUGAGGGCGCCCUCGCAGCCAUUGCAUACCCUGAAGCCUACGGCGAAGCAAUCUCAUACUUGCGAGCAGUCAUGGCAAAGCCGGAAUACUCGCCACGCUGUCUGAGACUGACAGAGUUUAUCAUCUCGCUCAACCCGGCGCACUACACCGUCUGGCUCUACCGGUUUUCGGUCGUCAACGCGCUGAAGCUACCGGUGACGGGAGAGAUCGAGUGGCUCAACGAAGUGGCGCUGCAGAACCUCAAGAACUACCAGAUCUGGCACCACCGGUACCUGCUGGCGGAGCUCCACUACUCGCAGAUUGCUGACUCACCGGAGCGCGUGGCUGCCUUUGCCCGCAGUGAGGUCGACUUCCUCACGAUGAUUCUGGCGGAAGACACGAAGAACUAUCACGUUUGGUCGUACCGGCACUAUCUCGUGCGCAAGCUUGCGUACUGGACCGCAGACGAGCGGAUUGCCACAGAGGCCUUUAUCCGACAGGACGUGCGCAACAACUCGGCCUGGUCACAUCGCUUCUUCCUUGUCUUUUCGGACCCUGCAAACUCUACGCCGGAAGAUGCAGCGUCGACGGGCGAAGAUGGCGACGGCUUGGAGACAUCGCUGGGCAAGCUUAACAUCGGUCACGACCCGGCGGUGCCGGAGGCGAUAAUCGAGCGAGAGAUCCGUUAUGCCAAGGACAGCAUUCAUAAGGCGCCGCAGAACGAGAGCCCGUGGAACUACCUCAAGGGCGUGCUGUCCAAGGGCAACCGGCCGCUGGGAUCGAUCGAGGAUUUUGCGUCGCAGUUUGUGGGGAAAAUCGGCCAAGGCGACGAGGAGGUUGUCAAGAGCACGCAUGCGAUGGACGUGUUGGCAACGAUUUAUGGAGAAAAGGGCGACAUACCGCUAGCCGACCUCUACCUAGAGCGCCUGGCCAAUAAAUGGGACCCCAUCCGGGCUGGCUAUUGGGAGUACCAGCGAGAGCAGCUGAAGCACGGUGCAGGCAAAACGGCAUAG